AUGUCCGAAACCGGAAAUAGCAAGUGCUCGCUGUAGUCCCGAGGUUACGUAUAAAUACACGUGAGAUGUAAAGGGAAUCAAAACAUUUCAGAUUUCUCUAUCCUUAUUCCUUAUCCUCAAAGAAUGAACAAUACUGGAGGGAAAAUGCCAGGGUUUGUAAGAUUUGCAGGACCUUCUGGAUUUCAAAAUAUCUCUCCAAGGUUUCACCAAAGAGCUCCACCUCCAAAUCAGAAUUUCUACUCUCCGCCUCCUCUACCAAGACACCAAGUACCAUCACCAAGACACCAAGUAUCAUACUCAGAUAUGAAUGUCUUCAACAGUGGGCCGAGAAGACCACAGGCAAAUUUUGGCAAAAACGUUUUUCACUCUCCGCCAAACUUUCAUGCACCUUCUCGACAACAGAUUUCUUAUGCAGAGUCGGACAUGUUUACACCAAAUUCUGAACCACAGCAUAAUGUUUUAUCCCAUCAGCAGUUUCAUCCCAUGCAAAACCCUCCACCAAGAUUUCAUUCAAUGCCACAUCAACAAAAUGGAGUUCAUAUGCAGAAUAAAAGAAAUCAAAAUGGCCAAUGGGAUAAUGCUUUCCCGAGUAGAAAUCAGGGGAAUUUCUAUGGGAAUUUCACAGAGAAUAAUGCAGGUGGUAUCAACCAGAGUGGAAAUCAGAGGAAGCCCUGGAACAACAGUGUGUGGAACAAUCUACCAAAAGGCACCAACAGACACCAGGAGUACACCCAUAACAAGAAGAAGAAGAAGCCCAAACCUGACAAAAGAGAUCUGGCAGAAAACAAUGUUUAUUUCUGUGAUACGUGUGACAGAGGAUAUAAAGUCCAGGAGAAAUAUCAGGAGCAUAUUGAGAGUCAUGUCAAGUGCCGACAUGAUGGAUGUCUGUACACAGCUCACCCUAAACUGGUGCGACUGCAUGACAGAACACAACAUUCUAGUGGACUUGCAUCCAAAAUAUGGAAGCUUGAAUCUCCUGAGGAGAUAAACAAGUGGAGAGAAGAAAGGAAAAGAAAUUUUCCAACAGCUGAAAAUAUGAAGAGGAAGAAAGUGAUAUUGGAGGAAAAAAUAGCACGGGGUGAAGUCAUUGAGACCAAAACAUUUGGGAAAAUGAGAAAUAGAGGUGGAAAGAGAGAUAAAUUUGGAAAAGGGAAGAACAGGCGACAGAACAAUGGGAAUGACCAGAAAAGUACAAGGGACACACCAAACAGCAGUCUUGUUAAAUCAGGAGUCACAAAGGAAAACGCUAAUACUACAAAGGAAGAUGUGAAGAGUUUUAAUGGUGACCCGCUGUCAAUGCUGGAGGGAUUAGAAGAAAGCGCUCCCAAUUCUGUCAAUACUGUGACUACGUUUGGAGGACUAGCCACGCUGAUGGCUGUGUACAGUGAUAGUGAUGAUGGAAAACAAACACAGACAGACAGACAGGCAGAUGUUAUUGAAGAUGCUGAAAAUAAAGAGCCAAGUACUUCUUGUCCACCGAAGAACAAGAAAAUACGGAAGAGAAAGAGACAAAGGAGAAAUGGUCAUGAUGAUGACAGCAGUCGAGCCAAAAUCAAGAGGAAGUCUACUUUGUUGGAAAAGCUCUUGGCUCCCAACAUAAGACGAGAGAGGAACCUAAUCCUACAGUGUGUUCACCACAUUGUGAAGGAAAACUUCUUUGGAGUGGGCAGUUGCAAAGAGUUGAAUUCAACAUCCAAUGAUAAGAAUGAAAGUUGUUUUACGAACACUGAGAUAAAUGAGACAACUAAUGUUGAAUAUGUAGAAGACUGUAGAACAAAGCAUAAGUUAGAAACGCCAAUGAACAAGUCAGGUGUUCAAGGAGUGGAACCCGGAGAUGAUCAAAACAGUGGCCAGGAUACUCAAGAAGAAUUGACUGAAAAUCUGGUCACUGAGUUUAAUAUUGAUGAUCAUGCCUGGGAAUGAACUGUUGAUUGUCUGAAUGAAAUAUAAAACUGUUAUGUCUGUA